AUGUCCUGUGUGCUGAAGAAUGACCUCUCACUCGACAGAGCACUUCAGCCGGAAAAAAAGGCCGUAGACACUGACGAUCUUUCCCACUCAGAGCCUACCGAAUUAGGCCGAGGGAUAAGGAAAAGGUAAGUGUUUGCUUUUCAUUAAUUUAUCUUUGUAGGUUUGUCCGCCAGCUCACCUCAGACGACGACGAGGAUGAUGAUGAUGAAGAAAUGGCUGCGCAAAGACCAAGACAAGAUAAUCAAUUAACUGCCUGGCCCACGCCGCCACGCAUUCUCCAGUAAGAAUCCGUGUAUAUUAUGCCAACUUUUAGACCACGCAAUAGCUCGGAAAAUACACCUUGGUGGAGAGACUCCAGCCAACCUACGCCACCAAGGGCUAAUCAGUACGCCGUUUCUUUUAAAGUUUACUUAAGGCCGCCCCGGGAACCCAGCACGACCGCGUUUGACAAACGGUUAUCACAGGUGCAGCACGAUGGUGAAUGCGUCCGGUAAGACUGUUCUGACUCUUGAUGACAUGCGAGUAGAAAGAAAGUUGAUUACGUUGCUGAGGAACUCGUCGAACUACGGGCUGACAUAACGCAGGUUAAGGCUACAAUGGCCGAAAUUUUAAAGGCCGUUCAGGAAUUACGUCUGCCUGCUGAAGCGAGACCUCCUUCACUGAAGUUGCCUCUGUGUACGAAGGAGGCUUACAAGGCUUUCGUCAGUGAGCUUGAGGAGAAUGCUAGUUUCGCUCAAGACGCGGUAUGUACAUAUACUGACACUUUUUUAUUUGAAUGGAUUGUAGAUUAAACGUCUGGCGAUUACAGACGGGCGAAACGAGAAAGAGUUUGUCAGAAAUCUACUGACCACUCUACUCGGCCACCCCCUAUGCCUCAGUUUCUGCUGGGGCGGAGCAAGAGAUAAGCAGGCCUUCGUCGGCAGCCCCCUUUAUGGCCUUGUUAUUGGUAGGAUAUUUAUUUUUAAGAUUACUUGUUCAGCUGCAAUUCGUGAACACGCCGCCUUCUCAAAUUGCACCGUUGACACAAUUCGCAAGAGUACAAUUGAUUGGUUCCACGGCGCGCGUGACAGAUACGGUGGCCGAUCAAAGCGGAGAGACAAUACCACUGCAAAUGCCACGGUAAAUUAAUUGACUUGAGUCUUUAUAAGCUACUUUCAGCUUCCCGUCAGCUACAGCUCAGCCGAAGAAUAUAUGAUACAAUCUACUUCCGAGGACACUGUAAGUGAGCGUUUCUUUAUAUCUAUUAAACCUGCAUUUAUUCGAGCCUAUCAACUUCAAACUACUUAGAUCAUAAAAUAUACUACUAAGAUGCCUUAUUUCAAUAGUAUGUUUUUGACAAUUUAAUUAAUAGGACGCUGUGCUUUAUUUUAUUGUAGAUACCCGCCACCGACAUGGACGGAUUACCAAAUAUGUCCCUUGAGGAAACAUGACUAUUGUACGUAUCAAAUUUUCAUCUUUAUCGAUCAAUAAGUUUUCUUUAACCAAUAAAUGCCGUUCAAGUGUGCUGAUGGAUAUGGUUCGUUGGGGGGUUUGCAAUCACGCGUGAAGGUCCGCUAACGGUCGUGGGAGAUAUUGGCUUUGGGAAGGCGAGCCGGAAUGAAACAUGACAUAUUUGGCGAAAUGGGGUUCGCUAGAAGGUAACAAGGGAUAAAAUAGGACAGAUACCGGGAAAAAUCUGUCUAGGAAAAGGGUGAUCAGGAUUAUAACGCGAGUAAUUAGACGUUAAUAGAUCGGUAUUACGGUCAGACAGUCGAAUAUGGCCAUGGAUGGGGGCAAAAAACGAUAACUAUAAGGCGUCCCCCUGCGCAUUUUUUUGUCGAUGAGGGGGCCAGAGGGGGCCACAUCGGGGAUUUGCCCCGCCAUAGCCCCCUCUCCAGCUCCCUCAUAGCCCCCUCUGGCCCCGCCAUAGCCCCCUCAUGAGGCGGGGCCAUGAGGGGGCCAGAGGGGGCUGGUGCUGGCAGGGUACUCCCUACUUCUCGUAUAUACUCACUGUAAGUCAUCCACAUUAAUCUCAAUUAAGACUUUAUUGCAUGCAGACGACCUAAAAAUUGCAUAUGCAUUUAACGAGCAUACAGUAGUCAGUAUUCAUAGGGCAACCAAGGCAGAUCAUAAAAGAUUCUAUGAAUGGAGUAAUCAGUGGCAAAUAUCUUUCUCACCGACAGAUUCCAAUCUCAUAAUUUUUGGAGCACAAAUCUUCCUUCCAGCAUCUUUUAUCAGCACAAAAUAAGGAAGCACUAUGAAUAAAAACUAAGGUCCGAGCCAUGCAAAGGUUUCCCGAAUUAUCCUUACAUCAGUAUCAGUAUCAGUAUAUUUCAGGGAAAGUAGGUGUGUAUCUUUGAAAUCCCUAUUGGUUACAUGCAGAGGAUAUAUAUGGAGGAAAUGGAAAGGAAGUAACAUGAAAGAAAUGCGAGGGGAAUAGCAAAAACUGCACAGAUGAACACAGAAUGUCAUGCGUUAACAUAAUUUAGAGGCGCAUUAACUUGCUUUAUUGAUUACCUACAACGCACAGAUGAAGCACACUUAAGAUACGGGAAAAGAAUUAAAAUUUUUAAGUCUACAGGCAUAGUGGUGAAUGCGAGCAGCGGUGUGCGACGUGGUCCAAAUUAGUUAUUUACAUAAACAUAUGUUACUCAAAUAUUGGUGUUAGCAUCGUCAUGGCACUAACUUGUCAAUGUUGGCCAUCAAGGUGACGGUAGACCGGCGUUAUUGUGGUCCGCGCUCCAAUAUUGAUCUAGCCUCCGUUUAAAUAUAUCAACGGAUCCCGACAUAAAAGCAUCCUCAGGCAAGGCAUUCCAAGCUGCAACCACUCUGUUGGAGAACUUUCGUGUUUCUUGCCGGGCACCAGUCACACGCAGUUUAAGUGGAUGGCCUCUCAGGUUAGUCGUAGUCGUCAACUCGAAGAAGUCUCCUGAUGCGAGACAACAACCCUGAUUGCGCACGAUGCGCAAAGCUUGCAUCAGGUUAAAUAAAUUUCUCUGAAAGCCACCCACUUAUGCAGGCUCAUAUAUAAUAAUUUUCCCAUAAACUCACUAAACAUAUGGUAGCAGGCAGACCACCUCCUCGACAUGAGCCAUCCAUGUGCUGGGCUCCGAAGACGGUUCUUCUUCUGGAAUGGCCUUGGUCGUACAGUCGUUCUUUAGAUCUGUAUCGGGAAUCUUAGUGGUGCCGUUAAUCACUCACCCUCAGUAAUUUAAACGGAGCCAAGGUAGUCAGGAAUGGUACGUGAGUUAAAGUGAUUACUGUCUAUUGUGCGGUGGGGAACAAAGAGAUGACGGAUAAGUCUCAACUAUAAAAUAAGGAGUAACAAACUAAUCGAACGAAGAUCGUAUUGGAGUUCACUGUUGACUAUCCCAGGACCUGAUUUUUACAGGAUUCACCUUAGUAGAUGUAACUAUAUCGGCAUACUUGCCUCCAAGACAAAGAGAUUCAUGUUCGUAAUUCCAACUCUUCAAAUGUCGUCUGCUUUAGACAAAUAAUGUUCCAUCUGCCGUUGCAGUACAACUUUAUGAAACGUACUUUAUGCCUUCCGAGAUCACAUUUCAAUUUUCUUUGACACAUUAUCAUUAGAAAGCACACAAACCCGGCAAGCAGUGAAAAAAUUCCUGUUAACAAGGCGAUAAAAAUAAGGUAAAUGGCGGUUUUUUUCAUAGUUUAGAGGGUUCAGGAGAAUAAAACUGCUGACCAUGAAAUGCCGAUAGUCAAGAAAGGGAGGGGUAGCACGGUAUCGGAUAUUAUUAGUUGCCAAUUAUUUUAAUAAAGUUGGGACUGGUCCGAACAGGAGCACCGAAGAACAGCUGCAGCUGUUGGCUAAAGAAAUGGUUACUGAUGAGACCGGACAUAGAGAUCAGAGACCACAAACGCCAUCGCUACAGUAUAGUCGAUCAGUGGAUUCAACAUCCAAAAAUUGUGGGAGCUUUUCUGAAUGCAUAAACUGAGUAAUAGUUCACUUAAACUAAGAAUAAUUUUGUAGUUUUCACAUUCCUGGGUAGUUUAUUCAAAAUAUCAAUUGCAUUUACGGAGAAGAACCGACAAUAUUUAACAGUACGUACCAGAGGAAGAAAUAAAAAUGCCUCACGGUAACUGUUCCAUCGGGAGUGGACAAGAUGUCUUAAAGUAGUGGGUGGGCUAACGGUACGAUUAAAUAAAGGCUUAAACAGUAAAAAUAGUUCCAUUAGUAAUCUACAAAACCAUGAAGAAUCAAGGCCCCUAAGCCCGCAACCUUCUUGGUAAGACAAAUGUCGGUGCUCCGGAGUUAAAACUCUCUUGGUGAAGAAAAUGUUGGACUGAUUCUAUUUUCUUGCGCCCAACAGCAUGCAUGAGGCUAAAUAAAAACGAACAGUAUUCCAGGAGAGGUCUAACAUACAUUUAAUAUAGGCGCAUUAUAUUAUCGCUGGUUUUUAAAGUUUUGGAGGAUAAACCCGGUCAUUCUACGUGCUUUGGAGACCAUCAUGGCACAGUACUCCGAAAGAUUAACGCUCUUGGAGUAUGAUACGCCCAGAUUCUUAAUAACCCCAGGCACAUUUAAGGCGUGACCGUCAAUAGUUAUUUGAAGUUGGCGGUCGUCGCCAACCACCAUGACUGAGCACUUAUGCCAAGAAAGAGAAAGGUGCCAUAAGCGGCACCAUUGGGUAAAGGCCUGUAGAUCGGUCUUUAGGAGUUCAAGCACGAUGUCACGAUCCGCCGGCUUAUACCUAUAUGCAACAUUCAGAUCAUUGGCAUACAUGAGGGGCUUGCUGUUCUGAAAUAAAUCUGGUACAGCGUAAACGAAACAGCAACAUAACAGCGGGCCGAGUAGACUUCGCUGAAUGACUCCAUUCCUCUCAAAUAUGGGGUUGGAUAUAGAAUUGAAAAUCCCAACUCGUUGUUUACGAUCGUCCAGGUAAGAGGAUGCAAAAUUCAGAAGUUUGUCACUUAUUCCGAAAGAGGACAGUUUCAAGGAAGAAGGGUAUGGUCAGCACGAACAAAAGCGUUAGUGAAAUCGAACUAUACUGCGUAAAGUGCAAAACCAUUGUCUCUAGAUUGAAAAAUAUAGUCAAAGAAAGAGAGUUGACAGGUGUCACAUGACCCAGCUUUAAGGAAUCCAUGCUGUUCAGCGCUCAGAAUGUUAUUUUCUGUUACAUGACACAUCAUCUUAUCUUUAAUCAAUGCCUCUAAGAUCUUUGAAACUGCGGGGACGAUGUUUAUUGGCCGAAAGUCAUCAAAUUUCGUAGAUUGGCCAUGAUUGGGAAUAGGCGGAAUGUGUGAUUCCUUCCACAGGGUAGGAUAGGUUUCAAUUCCAAGAGAGGGAUUAAAUAUCUUGCACAAAAUGGAAGGGAAACUAGCAUUUGCAUGCGCUUUUAGAAUGCUUACUGGGACAUCAUCGGGUCCAUGGCUACGAGAUUGACGAAAACGCCGAAUUGCUACAGUCACAUCCCAUCCGUCACCGUGAAUCAUCCUACCAAAGGCAGUCUAAUUAUUUGUAAAUCUGCGAGCAGGAAUGUUGUGGGACACAUUGGUUUGAAUGUUAAUCGAAAGAAUAUGCGUACUGGUACGGGACUACCACUGAAGGCUGGAUCGGCCUACUCCUCGCCGGAGUCAAAGUUUUACGGAUAAUUCAUUUCAAGAAUUAGCGUCACGUCGUUACAACUAUCCGGAUGCUAGCAUCAUUCGUUCUAUGAAUGAAUAACAUAGGCUGUGCUAGAAUAUAGCUGAAAUUCAUCGCCUGUGAGCUUGGUAUACUGAGUGGGAAAAACAUGGUUAACAAUAUUCACAAUAUCAUGCAUAUGAUUGAGGAUGUUUAAUGUCGCGCAACAUUGGACUCAUAACCUUAUUUUAACCUUCUGAAUUACGCGAAAACUGGCAACACUGACAGCUUUUAAGUCCUGCAGGGUACUACUAUUAUCAGUAUCAGUAUCAGUAUAUUUCAGGAAAGUAGGUGUGUACCUUUGAAAUCCCUAUUGGUUACAUGUAGAGGAUAUACAUGGAGGAAAUGGAAAGGAAGUAACAUUAAAGAAAUGCGAGGGGAAUAGCAAAAACUGUACAGAUGAACACAGAAUAUCAUGCGUUAACAGAGUUUAGAGGCACAUUAACUUGCUUUGUUGGUCAAAAUACAGCGGACAGUUGAGGCACACUUAAGACGCGGGAAAAGAAGUAAAAUUGUUUAGUCUACCGGCAUCGUGAUGAAUGCGAACAGCGGUGUGUGAGGUGGCCCAAGCUUACUAAAUAACAUAAACAUAUAUUACUUAAUUGUUGGUAGUAGCAUCGUUAUAACACUAAAUUGUCCGCGUUGGCUGUCAAGGUGGCCGUAGUCCGGCGUUAUUGUGGUGCGCGCUACAAUGCUGAUCUAGUCUCCAUUUAAAAGUAUCUACCGAUAACGGCCCAAUAUCUGUCGAGUUUAGUGCAGUUCUGUUACUUAAAUGCGUUAGAAUACUCGCGCCGGUAAACUAAAUAAUAAAACAUUUCGCAGUGUAGUCAAAUUUGUUUUACACAUUAGCAAAAUACCACCGUCUCUAAAUUCGGCUGUGUUGCAACUGUAGUCUCAUGUGCCUGCCUUGUGCGUAUUGAAUCUAUAACUGUUUAUGUGUACUUGCCCAUGUUUACCUCCAAUUUAAUCUUUUGGUAAACCUUCCUCAUCCACUCUGAUUUUUAAACCACGGCUGGGAUAAAGCUGUCGUAUUCGUAGACGCAAUUGCGUCUAAACAAGCCGUCUCGAGCCGGGGACGACUGCUGAUGUAUAGGGCAGCAUACUGCUGCAAAUAUUAACAACAAGUUAUUCCAAUGUUUAUUACACGGGACGCCCUCCGGAUGGGUUAUAUCCCUUGACAUUGGAGACUGUUGUAUUUAUGUUCCCUGAAACUUACGCCGCUAAUAGAUCUAUUAGGUAGACCCAGCUCGUUGCCAGAACUGCCUCGAUAGGCACGCAUUGGUAGGUCCCAAUCAUCAUUGGCGAUGUAAGCCGUUGAAACUGGCCUUCCAAACGUAUUUAUUUGAGCUACUAAGGGACAAGUUAAGGAGCCCCUUUAUAACAACUAGGUCCUCUAAAUAAAACGAAUCCAUUCGAAAUAAAUAUCCAUUCUAUCAUCACAAGUAAUCAAGCAAAAAAAUAAAUACCUGAGCGCUGACACUCAUCUGUUGGCAAUGAAGUCCUCCUUCACUCCAUCACAUUAACUCCGUGGCAGGUCACCGUGCCUGUAUAUCGAGCCGUGACCUUUACCUAGCUGGCGCAUUAAAAAUGGAGCGGCAUUUAGUCGAUUGCGCCGACUCACAGACCACUAUGAGUCAAUAUUGCUAGGUCGUCAACCAGUAGCAUACAAGACGACCCUUCAUCAGACGGUUUACCAUGGCCACAUACAGCACUCACAAAAGACUGCAUAAUUCUACGUAGGAUUGACUAAAAUCCUCGUUCAAUCCUUCUGUUAAUGGCAGCCCCUCGAUUGCUAGGUUCACCACUACCCCACCUAGAAUGCGCAAGUUAAGGUCACGUACCUGACAGUUAAACUAGUGUACGAGUCUUAAAUUAACGUACCCACCACAGGCCGAUGCAAAUACCGGGAGAGUACUUCACCUAACAGUGUUCGCGCAUCUGAAUGCAUAUCCGGCGGAAGUAACUUCAUUAUUUCCAGGAAACUGUUAAAUUUAAAAUGCGGCUUUUAUGACCUCAAUAUCCAAAUCACAGCAUAUUAGUUAUGGUCAGCGGGCUUUCUUUGAUCUGUCAACUUGCAGGUUCGUCAGACACGUUGAACAAAAAAAAUAUCGCCAGCUAAUUCUCGUCUUUAUUAGAAGAAGACGUUUUCACGCCCGAGGACGAACUUUUCAUGAUGGAGACCGUUGUGUCUGAUGCACGAUUUUUCCCCACAUCUUUCACUUCACGUAAAGCUUAGUGUACUUCUCGGUCUACACGCCGCAUAAUUGUUCUCUCAAGCACAUAAUGGAGUGGUAUGGCACGUGAAUAGUAACCCCUGUAAUACAGGUGUUUGUGCGUUAAAUUCGAGGAAGUGUACAGUUCACAUGUCCAAACCCCACACCUUAACCCUAGCCCAAACUUCGCGGAAUACGGCCCAAGUCUAUCUUUGUUACGAUGGUACGUUCCUACCCCCUUAUGCGACCGUGCAAACAUACUAAGAAGCAGAUAAGAAUUAGCACUAAAGGACAACAAAAAGACGCCAACUAGAGUCCGUGUGCUCAACGCCGUGACAGAGCAUGAAAUGACGUCCAACCAUGAGCGCGGGAAUGCAAUCGCGCCGUCAAAUCGAUUGUCCUGUCAACAUGUAAGCAUUCGACCUUCGCGUACAUUAUGAGAUUGUAAAGUAAAUAGACAACCAGUCAACGACAAAUAAACUAGGACAGUGGAGCUAAAAUCGAAGCCGCUUACUAUUGGGUUGGUCGAAUUUCGAAAAUUAUGUCGGCUAGUGCUGUAUUUGGACGGGUCUUUUCGAUGAUCCUCACAGAAAAAUGUUGUUACCUGCUAAUUAUGUUGGGCAGAAUCCGAGCUCAUAAUCCGUAAGGCAAGUAGAUGGAGAGUUUCGCCUAUACUAUUAUUCAAAUCACUGCUGUCUGAAUCCGAUAUCAGGCCGUCAAAUGUGCAUAUUUUCUCUCCGAGUCAUCCCAUUCACUACGAAGAUCCGCUCAUGCAGUCUGUCCACAAUAGUUUCGAAUUCCAGCCUCUGCGAUAAGGCGAUCGAUAACUACAGCCUUUCCAAUACUGUUGCCUAGGAGCAAUUCUGCCGGGGUUGCAUACCGCAUACUUCUCGAAUGAGACAGUCCACAGUAUCUGCCACGACGUUACGGUAAUACCUCGGGUCAUCCACAAGAAACGACGGAUCUGGUUUGGGUUGGUUCUUUGUCGCCAACCUAAUAAGUUGUUAUCCAAAUCCUACGCUAUUACUUACUCGGAGGCAAUUGAAAUGUCAACUUACAUGCCGACGCCUCCAUAUACAGAGUUGGUCCUCGGGCCUACGUCAUUCGGCCUUCGGAACUAGAAAAGAUGGUCGAUCCCACUAUUUACUGGUCCCUUGGCACUGGCUGUAUCAGAUCUGAUCACAUGCAUACCAAGUCAUUAGUGCUAAUUAUAGUAACCAUCUACGACUGCUUGAUCCUCACCCAGUCGGUUUUUAUUUCCUUCGACACUGCCGUGCCAAAAUUACUAAUCUGCUAAAACCAAAAUCGCAAAUGAUUACACUGCCAGUCACCAGUUUCGAUGCGAGAACCGUGAAUGACGAUCAACACCGCAUUUCUAACAGCCUACCAAUAUUUAGAACUGGGUUAGACGAACAUACGCAGUCUGACUAACUGUUGUAUGUUCCUUAUUUUUGGUGACUGCCGUAUCCUAGGUCUUAUGGAAGUAAAUGUCCCUAUGCCCUCUGACACUUAUUUGAUUGUUCCUUUGAGACACUUCACCCACAUCUUCCCCGUUGCCGCCACUAUUAAUGACUGAAGAGUUUUAUCUCAAUGUGUUUCAGAACCGCCCCGCCACCUAAAUAAUCACGUCCGCGUUUCAGGACCAGCAUGAAUCGCCUGCUACGUCAUUCGCAGAAGCUUGCUGCACUGGGCUUCGCCACCAGUGCCGUCCUCUCCUGGACUCUGCAGCCCUACUCUGAGGCAUUCACGCGCUGGAGCCAAAUGCGCAUGAACAGGGAUCGGGAACUGCCACCAACGGAAAGGAUUUGUCGUCUCUGUGAUCAGGUCUGCACCCGUCUAGGUCUACCACCUCAUCUGCGUCGGCAGUUGGAUCUCUUCUUCACUGAAUCGGCAGAAUCCGUAGCCCUGGGCAACCUCAACGGCGAUCCUAAAGGCUACGCCUUUGUGGGACUGCCCUUCUUUUUCCGAUAUGCUACAGAGGCGGAGAUUCCCCUGCAGAACUUCGAGUUUGCCACGUAA